AUGAUCUCCAUUGCGACGAACUCUUACUCUCGUCUACUACCACCACGCUUGCCAACUUCUGACGGUCAUUCAGUCUCAACUGACAAGACAGACAUGUUCCAAACCCGCAUGUCACCUCUCCGUACUCUCGCUGCAACCAUCGUAUCCUUUCUAUAUUCUGUUGGAUGUACGAUCGCUCUCGGGGAAGCAAUGGAAGCAAUAGCGGACCAAUAUCCCGAUAACCCUCUUCUUCAUCUCAUUCCAAAUGUCACGACUUCGGCUCUCAUCUACGAUUCCCUCCUCAUCUUCGGAGGUUUCGAUGCUCAGAGCAAGUCGGCACACCCUGUUGAGACAGUAGGAGAUCUAACAAGAUACCGUAUCGACGAGAUACUCAACAUUCAUUGUGUGUUGACCAUCAUAUACACUUUAUCCCCUCCUGAACCUUCCACGGAUGCCCCUCUGUCUCCCCCUCUGGCUGCAACAUUGACUUUGUUGACACACCCUGACAUUGCCUCCCGCGUCGUCGGAAGGGCUAUGCAGUAUCUCACAAGCUCCAGACUUAUUGACACUGCUAUUGGCAAAGGCGAGGCGGUGCAGAAGAACUCAUCCUCAAAAUCUGUUGGGGGUCAUUGA